AUGAUUGACGACGGGGAUGAUGAAAUGCCAGCAGAGGACGAAGAAAUGCAAAGAACAUCGAAAAAGAAUUCAGUGAAAAUAGAACAACAUUUAUUCGAUCGAGAAUGUUGGAACGGGAGUAGUGUAGUUAGAAAUUAUAAUGUGGAUUUCAAAAGCGAUGUAUUCUGCCAAAAAGAUAUUCGAGAGCACACAGGAUGUGUCAAUGCUCUUCGAUUUUCACAUGGAGAGCAACUAUUAGCAACCGGUGGCGAUGACUUGCAAUCGAGAAUCUGGAAAGUCGAUGAACUGAUGCUUCGCAAAAAUCCAAAACCUGACUUUUUAGCUGAAAAAAGACACACAAGCAAUAUAUUUUCGUUGGAAUUUGACCUAGAAGACAGAUUCAUUUAUUCCGGAGAACAUCGUGGCGCUGUUUACAAGCAUGAUAUCCAAACAAAUCAAGUAAUUUCCUCUCUGAAACGAAGUGAUGUGAGAUCGUCUGCUUAUAACAUGGAUCAUCACCCUUCCGACAGCCACCUUCUCGCUGUCACAUUCGCUAAUCAAGUUUGCUUUCUUGAUAACAGAGAUUUCAAGCAUCCGAUUCAAUUCAAAACAAGUCGUGCAGCAGGCGGUGGAGACUUCUAUUCAGCAGAAUUUCAUCCAGAAUCCCCAGUUCUAAUGCUUCUGAAUGCAGAGGAUGGAGGUCCGAAUGUGUUUGAUCGCAGAAAUCCAUCGAGACCAGUUUUCUUACGAAACAAGUUCAGUGGAAUACGAACGGAUACUAGAGGGCAUGGAUAUAUGGGAGCUACUUGGAGUCCAUCUGGAAACCAAUUUAUGGUUCUUCGGAAACUGAGUUCUCCACUUUAUUUUGAUUUGAUCAGUCAACGAUGUUUUACUCUCAAACCCGCUCGAAAUCGAAAUGGAUAUCUCAACAUGAAGACAAUAAAAUCAAUGAUAUUCAUUGAUGAUUACACAGUCGCCACCGGAAGUGAUCAUUGGGGAAUCCAUUUAUGGCAAGUUCCACGUGCUCAUGAAGAUGUUCCGUUAGUUGGAGAAGACAGAAGUCAACAGUAUAUUGUCGAAAAGGAAAUACGAGUUCUUCGUGGUCAUCGUUCCAUUCCAAAUCAACUCCGAUUCUCAAAGCAUAAUCAAAUUCUCGUCUCAUCUGGAGUUGAGAAUUCAUUCAAAAUUUGGUCGAAUCGUCGUCUUCCGUGGUCUUACGACAUUCCAUUUGUCAGAAAGAAGAAUGGUGAAUACGACGGAACAAUGGAGGAGGAACAGGCAAGGGAAAAAGAGGAACGACGUAUAUUGGAAGAUGCAUUGGAUAGAGAUUCUGAAAUGGAAGGAAGAGCUUCAUAUGAUGACGUUUUCGGCGGAAACGAUCAAACAUCAGAACAAAGAGAUACUCUAGAACAUUUCGAUGUUGAUGAAGAUGAAAUGAUGUAUGCAAUGGAUGAUGAAGUCGACAGUGACGAGGAGCGGGUACUCAUGCGAAGAGGCAUCAAUGAAAUUAUGGGACACUUCCGACAAGAUGAAGAUCUCCAUGAGCGGAUUCUCCAUAUGUAUAGGCAUGCCCAAAGAAGACGAAUUCACGAAUUACAGCGUGAAAUUGAUCGUGAACGAUUAAUGGCUGAACUUGAUGACAUCCUUGGUUUGAACGACGAUGAUGAAGUCGAUGAGGAUGAAAACGAUGAUGAUGAUGAUGAUGAGGACGAGGUUGAAGGAGAAGAUGAAAGAGACAAUGAUGAAGAAGACAACGAAGACGAUGAUGAAGACGAUGAUGGAAGAGACAACGAUGAGGAAGUUAAUGACGAAGAAGUCAACGAUUCUGAAGGUGAAAAUGAGGAAGACGAAGAGUUCGAUGAUGUGGGAGCGGACUACGACUUUUUCCAAAUGUUAUUUAAUCAGGAAGACAGUGAUGGAGACAGUGACGGAGAUAGUGGUGAUGAAGGCAUAGAGUUGCCGGAAGACUGA